CGAUUGUCGUUGGAUAUAAAGGCCGACUCGGUAACUGAACGGCGAAGAGUAAGGCGCCAACUUCACUCCAGAGACCAUCGUAUGUACAUUAAAGUGAUAUCGUCUAAUAGCGUGUACCGCGUUGCAUUCACCCAGAUCAUCCUGCUUCACCAUGCGCGUCCUCCUGUUACUGGCGGUAAUCUGCGGCGCGUCGAACGGUCAGGAAUACUUUCGCGAGCCCGAGAAAGUGAUUUCCGAAAAGCAUGACCUCGGAGAUAACAAGGGUCACUAUUCCUUCGUUUACGAGACGGCGGGGGGAAUUUUGCAGAAGGAAAUCGGCAGCAGAAAAUACGCUGGAACUCCCGACGAAACUCAACUGAUUCAGGGUUCCGUUCAGUACAACGCACCGGACGGUACUCCGAUCGCUCUCAGCUGGACUGCCGACGAGUUCGGCACACAAGUAGCUGGGGCGCAUCUUCCGACCCCACCUCCCACCCCCAUAGCGAUUUUAAGGGCUCUCGAAUGGAUCGCCGCACAUCCGUCGACACCGGAAACUCCGACGGAGAAGGAAGAAAAACCCACCAAACAACCGCCGAAACUCAGACCGGAAACGUCGUUUUUCAAUCAACAGAACAGAAAACCGCAGCAGCCUAAGAAAUACUGAAAUAUUUUGUUAUGACUGAAAAAAUAAAAAAAUUAAAAAAAAAUCAAACAAUC